GUCAAGAUACACCCCCGUUCUCUGGCAAGAAGAACAGAAAUAAAAUAUAUUCAACUACUGGAAAUAUACCCACCUCGCACUGACGAGUCGUCUUCUUUUUUUUUUUUUUUUCCAUCCAGGGCCUGCUCACUUCGGUCGCGUCUCUCUGCCCAUCAUGAGCGCACCUCAAGCCAACGAGGCGGAAAAGAAUAUUGAAAUAUGGAAGGUUAAGAAGCUCAUCAAGCGUCUCGAGGCAGCCAGAGGGAAUGGAACCUCUAUGAUUUCCUUGAUCAUUCCUCCGAAAGAUCAGGUCUCCCGGGCCGCAAAGAUGUUGGCUGAAGAAUACGGUACCGCUUCCAACAUCAAAUCGCGAGUCAACCGUCUCUCUGUGUUGUCCGCCAUUACCUCCACCCAACAGCGUCUCAAGCUAUACAACAAAGUCCCUCCCAACGGCCUGGUCGUUUACUGUGGUGAAAUUAUCACCUCCGAAGGAAAAGAACGAAAGAUCAACAUCGAUUUCGAACCGUUCAAGCCUAUCAAUACUUCCCUUUACCUUUGUGAUAACAAAUUCCACACCGAAGCUCUGAGCGAGUUGCUCGAGUCUGACCAGAAAUUCGGCUUUAUUGUCAUGGACGGUAACGGUGCUCUUUUCGGAACACUCAGUGGAAAUACCCGAGACGUUAUUCAAAAGUUCUCUGUUGAUCUACCCAAGAAGCACGGUCGUGGUGGUCAAUCUGCUCUGCGUUUCUCCCGUCUUCGAGACGAGAAGCGUCACAACUACGUCCGCAAGGUUGCCGAAUUGGCUGUGCAGAACUUUAUCACCGCCGACAAGGUCAACGUGGCCGGUCUCAUUCUUGCUGGUUCUGCCGAUUUCAAGAACGACUUGAACCAGUCCGAUAUGUUCGAUCAACGUCUGCAGAGCAAAGUCAUCAAAGUUGUCGAUGUCUCUUACGGUGGUGAGAACGGCUUCAACCAGGCCAUUGAAUUGGCUGCUGAGACUCUCGGAAACGUCAAGUUCAUCCAGGAGAAGAAGCUGAUCGGCAAAUACUUCGAGGAAAUCAGCCAGGACAGCGGAAAAGUAUGUUACGGUAUUGACGAUACUCUUAAAGCUCUUGAACUGGGUGCUGCAGAGACCCUGAUUGUUUACGAGAAUCUCGACGUGACUCGCUGGGUCUUGAAGGCAUCCGAUGGAUCAGAGAUCAUUCUUCACACAACCAAAGCCCAAGAAUCGAACCGAGAAAUGUUCAUGGACAAGGAAUCCGGCCAAGAGAUGGAAAUCAUCGAACAGGGCUCCUUCCUUGAAUGGCUCGCUGAGAAAUACAAGGACUUUGGUGCUACCUUGGAGUUUGUCUCUGACCGUUCGAGCGAGGGCAACCAGUUCGUCAAGGGUUUUGGUGGUAUCGGUGCCUUGCUCCGAUACAAGGUCAACUUUGAGCAGCUUGCUGACGUCGACGACGAUGAUGAAUUUUACGACGAUUGACGGUCCUGCGACCUCGCAGGGAGCGAGGAUGAGCGCCCAGAAAUUCCCCCAGCGGAUGUUCUGACGGCUCGCCGCGUGAAAAGCAAAGCCGUUGCCAAACAGAUUUUCGAGGCCGUUCUUGUGAAAGUCGGUUGUUUUGAAACUGAAAUAUCCGCCAACUUGGUCCGAGGCCCAUCCAAGCUCCACGACUUUGUGGAUACAUUCACCAGUACGGCAUGUGUGACUCGAAAUUUUUGAAGAAGAAGAAGGACCUUUUUCUUUCUUUCGAUAUGUCAUGAGGAAAAGAGAAGAGAUUCGUUUUUCUUGUGGUAAUAGGAAAAAGAGAAUAGUAUAUCUUGUUCACGAUUAUAAAAAGAAUUUUGAAAACACUCUUUUGUUUGAUAGACUGUCUGAUACCAAUGCAACAACUUGACAAU